AUGGAUGUAGAAAAGUCAGAGUUAUCUCAUCAAAACGAAUUCGCAAACAUCAUUUCACAACUGGAAUCCCAUCAAGAAGCAGUUUAUGAAAUAUUUAACAAAUGCAAUAAACUAGAAAAGUCGUUGAAGUGUUCCAACGAGCAAUUAGAACUCUACAAAGAGAAUGAGAUAAAACUCCUAAAAGAUAUUGAUGAAUUACAAAAUGCUUUGAGAAUUAAAGCAAGCAAUAGUGUUAAUGAUUUCAACAUUAGAGUUGAAAUGGAUAAUAUAAAGAAUGAGCUGGAACUUAUGAAAUCAAAAUUGAAAGAGAGCAAUCAACUUGAAAGCAAAGAUGAUUUUAUAAUGACUCAACAGCAAGAUAUUGAACAAAUGAAAAUUGAUUUCAGAGAUGAACUCAACAAAUACAAAGUUGAAAUGGAAGACAGAUUAGUAAAGUUGCAACCUGGUUCAAAUGGGAGCAAUUCUUUUAAUGAAAAUCAAGAUAUAUUCAGAAAAAAACUGCUACACGAGAAACAAGAAUCUGAUAGAGAGAAAGCAGGACUGAAGAGAAAAAUUCAGGAACUAGAAUAUGCUGUACAAGUGCUACAGUCAAAAAAAUCAGGACCUCCUAUUAAAUUAUCAAGAAAAAACAACUGA